AGACGUAUUCUUGUGGCGGACGCGGGUUGGGAACCUGUAGCGUUGCCACCUCUCCCGCCGCGCAAGGAAGUGACGAGAAGGCGAAGAGAGGCAACGCCGCCGCCACCACGAGCCGUAACCCUCGCUACCUAUGGCGCGCCGCCGCGUGCUCCUCUUCCUCAAGCCCUUCGACGUCUACCCUCCGCGCCCGUACGCUGGGGCCGCGGCCUCCUCCCCCACCUCUUCGCCGCCGUCGCAGCCGCGCGCCGCCAACCCCAAGAUCUUAAGUUAUCUGGAUGACAGGUGCAGAGUUCACAAGGACACUAUUGAUCUCUGCCAGAGCGUCCUGCAGCGCAAGUCCCUUGACUGGGCUUCAGUGCAGAGAAAUAACUUGUCUCAGCCAAUACGUGACAUGGAUCUUGUUAUCGCUGUUGGGGGUGAUGGCACUCUUCUUCGAGCUAGCCACUUCCUUGAUAGUUCAGUUCCUAUUUUAGGUGUCAAUUCAGAUCCUACUUGUCCGAAGGAGGUUGACGAGUUAAUCGAUGAAUUUGAUGCGAGGAGAAGCACAGGGUAUCUUUGUGCAGCGACUGCAGGAAACUUUGAACAGAUACUUGAUGCAACCCUUGAUGGCAGUAGAUGCCCUUCGGAGCUAUCAAGGAUAUCCGUGAAACUAAAUGGAAUUCAGCUACCAACUUAUGCUCUGAAUGAUAUAUUGGUGUCACACCCUUGUCCAGCGAGCGUGUCGCGCUUCUCAUUUAGGAAAAGGAGCAACACAGGAGAAGGCUCGCAUUUAAUUAAUUGUAGAUCAAGUGGUUUAAGGGUCUCAACGGCUGCUGGAUCAACUGCUGCUAUGCUAUCAGCUGGAGGAUUUGUGAUGCCAUUAUCAAGCCAUGAGCUUCAGUAUAUGAUAAGAGAGCCCAUUUCUCCAACAGAUGUUGACAAACCACUGCUGCAUGGGUUAGUUAAGCAAGAGCAACAUAUGUUUGUUGUCUGGUAUCAAGAGGGUGCUGUGUAUUUUGACGGCUCACAUGUAGUGCAUUCGAUUCAGCAUGGGGACACACUUGAGAUAUCCUCAUAUGCUCCAACCUUAAAAGUUGUUUUGCCGGAACAUUUGCUAAUGAAGCCAUCUGAAUAGUGAAGUUACAGUAACUUUGUGA